UUACUUUGUAGCAGCAGCAUCGAUCCCCUCAACCCCCUUCCCUACAAUAAAAUGUUUCAAUAAAUCCCACCCCUCCGCUAUAAAACCUCGCUACCGACUCCGUCCCUUCUUUCUCCGCCGCCCCCUCGUCUCUCUCGCUUUCUCUCUCUCUCGGAAAUGGCGAAACCUUGUUGCUUUUUCUCACCGGAGAAGGACGCGACCGCGUCUCGAACCCCAUGUCAUGACUGAGGGCCGGGGAGGUUCUUCUUCCUCUUUCUCUUCCUCUUCUUCUCCUUCUUCUAUCUCUCCUGCUUCUCCUCGUCCUCCUCCUCCUCUGCUUCGAUCUUUGGGGCGAUGAACAGCGCGGCGGCGGCGGCGGCGGGGUGGCGGCCGCCGUUCACGGCGUCGCAGUGGCAGGAGCUGGAGCACCAGGCGCUCAUUUUCAAGUACAUCAUGGCCGGGGUCCCCGUGCCUCCCGAUCUCCUCAUCCCCAUCCGCCGGAGCUUCGAGGCCACCCCCGCUCGCUUCUACCACCACCCUGCCUUGGGUUACUGUUCCUUCUAUGGGAAGAAACUGGACCCAGAGCCAGGUCGGUGCCGUCGGACGGACGGGAAGAAGUGGCGGUGCUCCAAGGAUGCGUAUCCUGACUCCAAGUACUGCGAGCGCCACAUGCAUCGUGGCCGCAACCGUUCAAGAAAGCCUGUGGAAUCACAAACCCUCUCCCAGUCGCAGUCAUCCUCGUCCACUGUGACAUCCCUCGCCCCCUCCGGGAGCAGCGCGAGCAGGAGCGGUAGUGGCAGCUUCCAGAGCAUACCCCUCCACUCCAUUUCAGGUGGUAGCAACCUGCAAGGCUCUUACCCUGGCGGGGGCAGCUCCUCUCAGCAGCUGUAUAUGGACCCUCAUUCCUAUGGUAUUGGCACCACCACCAGCAGCAGGUACCUCUCUGGAUUGAAAGGAGAGUUGGAUGAGCAUAGCUUCUUUUCAGAAGCUUCUGGAAGUGCAAGGGGCCUCGGGAUGGACUCCUCGGUGGAUAGUUCAUGGCGGCUGAUGCCAUCUGGGAUCUCCUCAUUUCCGCUGUCGAAAUCUAGAGACCCUUCUGUUCUACAGAGCGCUUAUCCUCAGCUGCAGACGGUGCAAGAUCUUGGGCAGGUAACCAUCAGCUCGCUGCCGAAACAUCAGCAACAGCAUUCCUUCUUUGGCGGUGAUUUUGGUUCAGCAGAGCCUGCGAAGCAUGAAGGCGGCAGCCAAUCGCUCCGGCCUUUUUUCGAUGAGUGGCCUAAGACAAGGGAUUCAUGGUCGGAUCUGGAAGAGGAGAGGUCCAACCGGAUCUCAUUCUCGACAACCCAGCUCUCCAUUUCCAUCCCAAUGGCCUCCUCCGACUUUUCUACCACCUCUUCGAGGUCUCCUAAUGAUGACUGAGAGAACUCUACAGGCCUUGUGGUUCUGGCAGUGUUAAGAAGUCAGGAAGUGGCUGUGGUAUCAGACUAUAAGCAGUACUCUUAGGGUUACCUAUUUGGUUUUCUUUAAAGAUAUUGUCCUGGGUUUUGUUAACAAUCUCUCCAUCCCACGGAACUGUUUGACUGAUCUAUCUGUGGCUACUGGCUAGUAUUAUAUUAUUUUUAUGUACUGAAACUGCCUGUGAACACUUUAUGCAAGUGAAGUUAUGAGUUUAGUGCUUGGUGA